CUCUUAACUUUGCGCAUGUACGGCCAAACUGAACAUUGCCUCGACUCCAAGAUGGCGUUAACACGUCUGGCUUGCAUUCUGGUCCUGCUCUCAACUCACUGCUACUUCAACGUAUUGGCAGUAAUACUGAAAACAACGAAUGAUGCGCCAUGGGCCAACGAGUUUGAAUCUAUCGAAUUGUCCUGUUUGAUAGAGUCCAUCUCCACAAAAAACCCAAGAAUCGAAUGGAAGAAAAUUAAGGAUGGGGAGCCCAGUUAUGUCUACUUUGAGAAGAAAAUCUCAGGAGAUUUGGAGGGCAGAGCAAUGAUCAGAGAGCCUGCGACAUUGGUGAUAACCAACGCCACAAGAUCAGACUCAGCCAGUUACCGUUGCGAGGUCAGCGCCCAGACUGACCUUAAAUCCUUUGAUGAGAUUUUGAUCAACCUCGUCGUAAGAGUGAAGCCAGUGGUGCCGAAAUGUGCUGUCCCCAAAUCGGUGCCUGUAGGGACGGCGGCAGAGCUGCGAUGCGUGGAGGAUCAAGGUUUCCCCAAGUCUCAGUACCAAUGGUUCCGUAACAAGGAGGAAAUCCCAGAUGACCCCAAGACCAGCCCUAAGUUCAUCAACUCCUCCUACACGCUCAACGCCGAAACAGGCACCCUGAAAUUCAGUGCUGUCAGAAUGAACGACUCAGCAGAGUACUUCUGCCGAGCAAAGAACGACGCGGGCCACUCAGAGUGUGGACCGCAGACAAUGGAAAUCUAUGAUAUCAAUAUCGCCAGGAUCAUCCUGGGAGUGCUGGUGGUGGUGCUAUUGUGCAUAACAGUUGGCCUCUGCUUUGCGUACAAGCGUGGCUACUUCGCCAGCCAGAAACAGACUGGAAACAAUUACAAAGCACCAGCCAAAGGAGAAGGGGUGGACUACGUCAGAGCCGAGGACGAGGGCGACUUCCGACACAAAUCUUCGUUUGUCAUCUGAAGAGAAAGACAAAGGGCAUGGAAGUGAAAGGUGUGGUACUUUGGACGGAACUCAUUAAGUGUGUGAGAUGACCAGUGAGCUGCCACAGUACGUGCCUUGAGCUCUCAGCAUGUCUGAAAUGAUUCAAGUUUGCCAAAGAUGACAAGUUUUCACAUCUAUAUAGAACUGUUAACCAUUGUUACAGACAAGUUUUCACAUCUAUAUAGAACUGUUAACCAUUGUUACAGACAAGUUUUCACAUCUAUAUAGAACUGUUAACCAUUGUUACAGACAAGUUUUCACAUCUAUAUAGAACUGUUAACCAUUGUUACAGACAAGUUUUCACAUCUAUAUAGAAAUGUUAACCAUUGUUACAGACAAGUUUUCACAUCUAUAUAGAACUGUUAACCAUUGUUACAGACAAGUUUUCACAUCUAUAUAGAACUGUUAACCAUUGUUACAGACAAGUUUUCACAUCUAUAUAGAACUGUUAACCAUUGUUACAGACAAGUUUUCACAUCUAUAUAGAACUGUUAACCAUUGUUACAGACAAGUUUUCACAUCUAUAUAGAACUGUUA